UUUCUCUCUUUCUUCUGCGCUUUGCUUUGCUUUAGGGACUUCAUUCUAACACACGCUUAAACCCUUUCAUACUCUCUCUCUCUCUCUCUCUCUCUCUAGAUUCUUUAGUCAAUUUUGAUGUUAUUAAUCCUUCUUUCCUCCCUCUACACAACCAGUAUAACAGGAGUGUAGAUGAGUGAAAAGACAGCCUGAUAUCAUAUGGCGGGUACCGUAAGAUCGAGCUUGCCGUCGAGGUUACGGCAGCUUUUAUCCGGCGAAGGAUCAAUUGGUCCAAAUGUUAAACUCGAUUCCGAGACUCCUCCAAAAGUAAAGGCAUUUAUCGACAAGGUGAUACUGUGUCCAUUACAAGAUAUAGCAAUCCCCCUUUCAGGUUUCUCUUGGGAGUACAACAAGGGCAAUUUUCAUCAUUGGAGGCCACUGUUCCUGCAUUUUGAUACAUACUUCAAGACGUAUUUGUCUGCUAGGAAGGAUCUCCUUUUGACAGAUAAUAUCAUAGAAGAUGACAUUCCUUUCCCAAAGCAAUCAGUUCUCCAAAUUCUUCGUGUGAUGCGUAUCAUUUUAGAGAAUUGCCACAACAAGGGAUCAUUUAGUGGCUUAGAGCAUUUCAAGCUAUUACUUGCAUCAACUGAUCCCGAGGUUCUCAUUGCCACCUUGGAGACACUCUCAACAUUAGUGAAAAUAAACCCCUCAAAGCUCCAUGGAAACGGGAAACUCAUAGGAUGUGGUUCAAUAAACAGUUGUCUUUUAUCAUUAGCACAAGGAUGGGGAAGCAAGGAAGAGGGCUUAGGCCUGUAUUCAUGUGUUGUUUUAAACGAAAGAACACAGGACAAUAGUCUAUCCUUAUUUCCUUCAGACUUGCCUUCUGAUAAUGGUAAUUCCCAAAACCACGUGGGCUCCACCCUAUACUUUGAGUUGCAUGGCACAGAUACAAUUCACAUUCCAGAUCUUCAUAUGUGGAAAGAGGAUGAUCUAUCGAUAAUGAAGCUUUUGGUUGAGAAGUACAAUGUCCCAGUUGACCAUAGAUUUUUGUUGUUGACUAGGGUUAGGUAUGCUCAUGCCUUUCGUUCUUCAAGAAUAUGCAGGAUGUACAGCAAGAUAUGUCUUCUUGCUUUCAAUGUUCUUGUUCAAUCAAGCGAUUCCCAUGAUGAACUCAUGUCCUUUUUUGCAAAUGAGCCAGAAUACACAAACGAGUUGAUCAGACUUGUGAAAUCUGAAGAAACUAUAUCUCCAACUAUUCGUACACUUGCUAUGCAUGCUUUGGGAUCACAGCUGGCUGCAUAUUCAUCGUCUCAUGAGAGGGCGCGUAUUCUCAACGGAUCAAACAUUGCAGGUGGCAACCGUGUGAUUCUCCUUAAUGUCCUGCAAAGGGCGAUUUCGUCUUUAAACAACUCAGGUGAUCCAUCGUCUAUCACAUUCAUUGAAGCACUACUGCAAUUCUACUUGCUUCAAGUGAUAUCAACUUCAAGUCCUGGGAGUGUUAUACGGGGAUCGGGAAUGGUUCCAACCUUUUUACCUCUUUUAGAGGAUAUGGAUCCUCUACACAUGCAUCUUGUGUGUUUAUCUGUGAAGACUCUACAAAAGCUCAUGGAUUAUAGUAACUCAGCUGUUACCCUUUUCAGAGACUUGGGAGGGGUUGACCUUUUGACCAUCAGACUGCAGACAGAAGUGGAUAGAGUGAUUCAUUCGAGUCAUUCAACUACAGGAGAUGAUAGUUCAAUGAGCAUCGGGGAGUGUUCUCCUACAAGUGAGGAUCUGGUUUCUUCACAGAAGAGGCUCAUUAGGGUUUUAUUGAAGGCACUCGGUUGUGCUACUUAUGCUCCAGCAAACACUCAUCAGAGUGAAAAUGACGUUUCUCUCCCUGCCACUCUUGUAAUGAUCUUUCAGAAUGUGGAUAAAUUUGGAGGCGAUAUAUAUUCCUCAACCGUGACUGUGAUGUGUGAACUGAUUCACAAAGAUCCCACUUGUUAUCCUGCAUUGGAUGAAGCCGGUCUUCCUGACGCCUUUUUAUCAACAGUGACAGCUGGCAUUCUUCCUUCUUCAAAGUCUCUCACUUGUGUUCCUAAUGGUCUUGCAGCUAUUUGUCUCAAUGCCAAGGGACUAGAAGCAGUCAAAGAAACUUCGGCUCUGAGAUUCUUAGUUGACGUUUUUACCCUCAAGAAAUAUGUCCUUCCAAUGAGUGAUGGUAUUGUGCCUUUGGCUAAUGCUUUUGAGGAGCUUAUGCGCCAUGUUACUUCCCUAAAACCAACCGGUGUAGAUUUGAUUAUUGAGAUUAUCAACAAAAUUGCUACAAUAGAGGACAGUAAAAGUAAAGGUACAGGGAAAUUUGGGGAGGUCAAUGGGAGUGAUGUUAUGGAUGUGGACACCGAAGAGAAGGAAAAAGGAGUUAGUGAUGAGCAGUUCAUCCAAUUAUGUAUUUUUCAUGUAAUGGUGUUGGUUCAUCGAACAAUGGAAAAUGCUGAAAAUUGUCGAUUGUUUGUAGAGUUAAAUGGCAUUGAAGCAUUGUUGAAGCUUUUGUUAAGACCAAGUAUAACUCAAUCAUCAGAAGGAAUGUCCAUAGCUUUACAUAGCACAAUGGUUUUCAAAAGUUUUACUCAACAUCACUCUGCUUCUUUAGCACGUGCUUUUUGUUCCUCACUCCGGGAUUAUUUGAAGACAACUUUAGCAGGAUUUAAGGUUGUUUCAGGUUCUUUUCUGUUAGAUCCGGAAUCCACACCAGAUUCAAGAGUUUUUCCUUCUCUUUUUCUUGUUGAAUUCCUUCUGUCUCUAGCUGCCUCGAAGGACAAUAAAUGGGUUACUGCUUUACUCCAGGAAUUUGGGAAUGGUAGCAAAGAUGUUCUAGAAGAUAUCGGAAGAGUCCACCGUGAGAUUUUAUGGCAGAUUGUGUUGCUUGAAGAUGCUAAGAUUGAAAUCAAGGAUGAAAAUAUUGACGGGGAAGAAUCACAGCCUUUAGAAACCGAUGAACAAAGAUUUAAUUCAUUCAGACAGUUUCUUGAUCCUUUAAUGAGAAGGCAAAUGUCGGGAUUGAGUUCUGAAUCCCAGUUUUUUGAUUUGAUCAAUCUGUAUCGCGAUCUCACUCAUUCUUCUGGAGCCGGUCAAAGAUCACAUCCCACUAGUCAACGGUCACAUCCUGCUGGAUCUUCAGACAUGAUGAGGUCACUCUCUUCACACAUCACAAAUUUGUUUCAAGAGCUAGGAAAAGCUAUGUUGCUUCCUUCUAGAAGACGAGAUGAUACAGUGACAGUUACACCUUCUUCAAAAUCAGUGGCUUCCAUGAUUGCUUCCAUUUCACUAGAUCAUUUAAAAUUUGAAGGUCAUGUGAAAUCAGUGGCAUCCAUGUCAACAAAGUCUCGCUACCUUGGAAAAGUUGUGGAAUUUAUCGAUGGUGUUUUACUGGAUAAACCUGACUCGUGUAAUCCUGUUCUGUUAAAUUGUCUGUAUGGUCUUGGGGUUGUUCAGUCAGUUUUGACCACAUUCAAAGCUACCACUGAGCUGAUUUUUAGGGCUCCAAUGGAGACUGAUGAGGGGGUCUUGAAGCAAACUGACACAGAAGAAACGGUUAAUGGUCUAUUAGCCAACUAUGGUAAACUUAUGGAUCACCUUGUGACAUCAUCUUUUAUUUUGUCUUCAUCUACAAAACAUUUGCUUAUACAACCGCUUGUAAAUGGAGACAUUCUCUUCCCGAAAGAUCCCGAGGUUUUUGUGAAGGUUCUUCAAUCCAUGAUUCUGAAAGCUGUGCUUCCUCUAUGGACUCAUCCCCAGUUCACCGAUUGCAAUGAUGAUUUUGUUUCUACAGUGAUUUCUGUUAUCCGUCAUGUGUUUUCUGGGGUUGAAGUGAAAAAUUCUGCAUCGCGUCCCUCUGUACCUCCAAAUGAAACAACUAUAUCCAUGAUAGUUGAAAUGGGGUUUCCAAGAUCUCGAGCAGAAGAGGCUUUGAGACAAGUGGGGUCCAAUAGUGUAGAGCUGGCAACAGAAUGGCUUUUCUCACAUCCUGAAAUAGUACAAGAAGAUGAUGAACUUGCUCAAGCACUUGCUAUGUCUCUUGGUAAUUCUUCCUCUGUUGCAGUUGAUACUAAUCAGCAGAUCGAAGAGGAAACUGUACAUUUACCUGCUGUUGAUGACUUGUUGUCUACUUGUAAGAAGCUUCUAGAAACGAAGGAUUCUCUAGCAUUUUCAGUUCGGGACCUUCUUCUAAUGAUAUGUUCUCAUGAAGAUGGUCAAUACAAGUCAAAUGUUAUAACAUUUGUAGUGGAGCAGGUGAAGCUGUGUAGUGGAAAUGAUGUCAUGCUGUCAUCCCUCUUUCAUGUUCUUGCUUUGCUUCUAAACAAGGAUGAAGACUUACGGGAAGUUGCUUCUAAAAGCGGUUUAGUUAAAGUUGCUUCGGAUCUUUUGUCAAAAUGGAACUCUGGCGUACAUGAGAAUGAAACUUUGCAGGUUCCUAAAUGGGUGACAGCAGCCUUUCUUUCUGUUGAUCGCCUUGCUCAGGUGGAUGAAAAGAUGAACACUGAUAUUUCAGAGCUGUUAAAGAAAGACGAUGCUGGUAAUGCAAUAGAUAUAGAGGAGCAAAAGAGACUUGUUGAGAUAUCUUGUGGCUAUUUGAAGAACCAGCUUCCAUCUGAAACGAUUCAGGCUGUUUUGCAGCUAUGUUCCACACUUACAAGAACUCAUUCUGUUGCUGUUAGUUUCCUAAAUGCUGGUGGCUUGCCUUUGCUGCUAUCUUUGCCUUCAGGUAGUCUGUUUGUUGGCUUUGAUAACACUGCUGGAUCUAUCAUUCGCCAUAUUCUUGAAGACCCACAAACUCUCCAGCAAGCAAUGGAAUCUGAAAUAAAACAGAGUGUUGUUACAGCUGCCAGUCGACAAUCUAAUGGAAGACUUACACCCCGUAACUUCCUCAUGAAUCUGACAUCUGUCAUUUCAAGGGACCCCGUGAUUUUCAUGCAGGCUGCACAGUCUGUUUGCCAAAUUGAGAUGGUUGGUGAAAGACCAUAUGUUAUAUUGCUAAAAGACCGUGAUAAAGAUAAGUCCAAAGAAAAAGAAAAAGAAAAGGAAAAGGAAAAAACUCCAGUGAAGAUCAAAGUUCAUCGUAAACCUCCUCAGAGUUUUGUGAAUGUAAUCGAGCUGCUUUUGGCUUCUGUUAUAACUUUUACACCUCCUGUAAAAGACGAGGACUCAUCAUCAUUAACAGAUAUGGACAUUGAUGUUGCUUUGAACAAGGGGAAAGGGAAAGCGGUUGCUUCCACAUCUGAAAAUAAUAGCCAGGAGUAUUUUGCAUCUAUGGCGAAAGCUGUGUUCAUUUUAAAGCUCCUAACAGAGAUUCUGUUGAUGUAUAGUCCAUCUGUUCAUGUUCUGCUUCGAAGAGAUAAUGAAGUUAGCAGUGCCCAAAAGGGUGGAGUAUUUCAUCAUAUUCUUCAUCAAUUUCUUCCUUACUUGAAAAAUAAUAAAAAGGAGAAGAAGACAGAUGUUGACUGGAGGCAUAAACUUGCGGUCAAAGCUAGUCAAUUUUUAGUAGCUUCUUGUGUGCGUUCUGUAGAGGCAAGGAAGAGAAUCUUUGUGGAGAUUAAUAAUGUUUUUAUUGAUUUCUAUAAUUCUUCUGAGGUUCCUCGACCCCCAGGUCAGAAUAUCCAAGCUUUUGUUGAUUUGCUGAAUGAUGUGCUGGCUGCUCGCUCGCCUACAGGUUCUUCAAUUUCUGGAGAAGCUUCUGUUACUUUUAUUGAUGUUGGUCUGGUUAAGUCACUUACACAAACCCUAAAAGUCAUGGACUUGGAUCAUGUUGAUUCACUCAAGGUUGCUCCUCUGGUGGUUAAGGUUCUAGAAGUGGUUACAAAAGAACAUGUCCAUGCUGCUGAGGGUAAUUCUGGAAAAGGUGAUAAUGCAACAAAACCUCCUGAUCAUACUGAACAUGAGCAAACUGAAAAUGAAAAUAUCGUAAGUUCUGGCCCCACAGAACGCAUUGAGACUUAUCGUGGAUCUGAAGCUGUUAUAGAUGACAUGGAACAUGAUCAGGAUAUUGAUGGAAGUUUUGCUCCCCCAAUUGAAGAUGAUUACAUGCAUGAAACUUCUGAGAAUAAUAAUAUUAGGGCUCUUGAAAAUGGUUUUGAUUCUGUUGGAAUAAGAUUUGAAAUCCAAGAUGACAAUCAAGAGAGUAACGAAGAUGACGAUGAAGAUAUGUCAGGGGAUGAAGGGGAUGAAGUUGAUGACGAUGAUGAUGAAGAAGAAGAAGAUGGAGAGGAAGAUGAGGAUGAAGAUGAAAACAAUGAUCUUGAAGAAGAUGAAGAAGUCCAUCACUUGCCGCAGCUUGACACGGAUCAAGAUGAACAUGAACAUGAAGUUGAUGAAGAUGAUUUUGAUGAGGACAUGAUUGAGGAAGAAGAAGAAGAAGACGAAGAUGAUGAUGAUGAUGAUGAAGACGACGAUGAUGAUGGUGGAGUGAUAUUAGGACUUGGUGAAGAAAUGAAUGGGAUGAAUGUAUUGGACCAAAUUGAGGUAUUUGGAAGAGACCAUGGUUUUUCCAAUGAUGCCCUCCAAGUGAUGCCUGUUGAGGUUUUUGGUUCUAGACGUCAAGGGCGUACAACGUCCAUCUACAAUCUUCUUGGGAGGACACGUGACACUGUUGGCACCUCUCAGCAUCCACUCCUCUUGGAGCCUUCUUCAUCUCAUGAUGGGCUUACUGACAGAAAUCCAGAGUCAACCUCAUCACGAUUGGAAUCAGUAUUCCGGUCUUUAAGGAAUGGGCGCCAUGGACAUUCACAUCGUCUAAGCAUGUGGGCUUAUAACCAGCAAAGUGGUGGAACAAAUUCAUCUGUUAUUCCCUCAGGCCUUGAAGAUUUAUUGGUUUCUCAAUUGAGUCCCCCAGCUCCUGAAAAGCCACCGGAGGUUGAAACUAACGAACCUGAACCCACUACUGACAACAACAGUGUUGGCGAUUCCAUUCCUCCUGAAGGUACGGGUACUGAAAACAAUGAAUCUCAAAGAGACAUAUGUCCAUCUGUUGAAGGUGUGAGCCAAGAAAGCAGUGAAAGUGGAGCCACGUUAGGAGAAAGUCUUCAGAGCCUGAAUGUUGAAAUUGGAAGUGAUGAUGGUGGUGAGAGGCAACCAAGAACAAAUGGGAAUAUGACAUCACUUGAUAGUGUAACCGAGGUUUCAGAAAACCCUAGUCAAGAAACAGAACAACAAGAUCAAGAUGCACGGAUUGACCCUGCGUUCCUGGAUGCACUUCCUGAUGGGUUGCGUGCUGAGGUUCUUUCUGGUCGCCAGGGUCCAGUGGCACAACCCGUAAAUACUGAACCACAAAAUUUCAAUGGAAAUGACAAUGAAAUUGACCCUGAAUUCCUUGCAGCACUCCCACCAGAUAUCCGAGCAGAAGUUUUAGCACAACAACAGGCACAAGGGGCACAACGGUCACACGGAUUGGAAGGUCAACCUGAGGAGAUGGAUACCGUAUCAAUAAUCGCUACUUUCCCUUCAGAAAUACGCGAAGAGGUUCUUUUAACAUCGUCAGAAGCUGUUCUUUCCAAUCUUACCCCUGCUCUUGUGGCGGAGGCAAACAUGUUGAGAGAGAGGUUUGCGGGUCGGUUCAAUCGGACACUUUUUGGUAUGUACCCUAGAAGUAGGAGAGGCGAGUCUUCUAGAAGAGGUGAAAUAGCUGGAUCCAAUGGGGUUGUGACACGUAGGUCAACAGGAAGUAAGCCUAUUGAAACUGAUGGAGCUCCUUUAGUUGACACGGGUGAUCUCAAAGCAAUGAUUCGGUUGCUUCGAGUAGUUCAGCCAAUAUACAAACCUCAGCUACAAAGACUGCUUUUGAAUUUAUGUGCUCAUGCGGACACUAGAUCUGAUGUGGUGAAAAUAUUAAUGGACUUUUUGGUCCUUGAUACAAGAAAGCCCAAUAGCAUUUCAAAUGCUUCUGAGCCUUCAUUUCGGCUUUAUUCUUGCCAGAGUCAUCUCAUGUAUUCUCGCCCUCAAAGUUUUGAUGGUGUACCACCUUUGGUGUCACGGCGUGUUCUAGAAACCCUAACGUACCUAGCCAAGAAUCAUAAGUUUGUUGCCAAACUGUUGCUUCAGUUUAGAAUCCUUCCAGAAGCUUCCGUGGGGUCACAAACUCUUGAUAAGGCUCGUGGUAAAGCUGUCAUGAUUGUUCAAGAUGAUGAAACAGAAGGUUUCUUGUCCAUCACAUUGUUGUUGAGCCUCUUAAAACAGCCACUUUAUCUGAGAAGUAUUGCACAUCUUGAGCAGCUGUUAAACUUAUUAGAUGUCAUCAUUGAUAAUGCUGAAAGCAAGAAAGAGUCUGAUCCUAAAUCAUCAAAGGAUGAUGAUGAUGCCUCUAAACCCUCAUCAUCUGGUGCUAAUCAAGAAAAAGAAUCUCAUGAUAUUCUGUUAAACUUACCACAGGCAGAACUUCGCCUUCUCUGCUCGUUGCUUGCACGUGAAAGUUUAUCGGACAAUGUAUAUACUCUUGUGGCUGAUAUAUUGAAGAAGUUGGUUGCUAUUGCUCCUCACCAUUCUCAUUUAUUCAUAACCGAGCUAGCUGGGUCCAUGAAGAACCUGACUUCAUUAGCAAUCAAUGAGUUACAUCUGUUUAGUGAAAUUGAAAAAGCACUGAUCAAUAAUGCCUCCUCUACUUCAGAUGGAACAGCAAUCUUAAGGGUUAUACAAGCAUUAAGCUCCCUUGUUUCUUCACUUAAUCAAGAAAAAGCACACACAAUUGUCAAAAAAGAGCAAGCUUCUGCCCUUUCACUAGUAAACGACAUAAACACCGCUUUAGAGCCAUUAUGGAUGGAACUGAGUGCUUGUAUAAGCAAAAUCGAGACUUAUACCGAUACUACCCCCGAUGAAUCAAUACCCUUAACCUCAAAACCUUCCGGAACAUUACCUCCAGGCACUCAAAACAUCUUGCCAUACAUCGAAUCUUUCUUUGUGACAUGUGAGAAGUUGCAUUUUGGGCAACCAGAGGCGGGUGAUGAUGUCAGCACUUCCGGGAAACUUGACGAAAAGAAUGUGGCUUUUAUGAAAUUCUCAGAAAAACAUAGAAAACUAUUGAACGCUUUUAUCAGACAAAACCCGGGACUACUUGAGAAAUCGUUUUCAGUGAUACUGCGGGUCCCACGUUUUAUUGAUUUUGACAACAAGCGGGCACAUUUCAGAUCAAAAAUCAAGCACCAAAACGAUCAUCACCAUCAUCAUCAUAGUUCUUUGAGAAUCUCUGUUAGAAGAGCAUACAUUCUUGAAGAUUCGUAUAAUCAGUUGCGAAUGAGGUCAACGCAAGAUCUAAAAGGAAGGUUGACUGUUCAUUUUCAAGGGGAGGAAGGUAUUGAUGCAGGUGGGCUUACUAGGGAAUGGUAUCAGUUGUUAUCGAGGGUUAUUUUUGACAAAGGAGCUUUGCUUUUUACAACUGUUGGUAAUGAGUCAACGUUUCAGCCAAAUCCAAAUUCUGUUUAUCAGACAGAACAUCUCUCAUACUUCAAAUUCAUUGGAAGAGUUGUUGGGAAAGCAGUUUUUGAUGGGCAGUUGCUUGAUGUUCAUUUCACAAGAUCUUUCUAUAAGCAUAUGCUUGGAGUAAAAGUAACCUACCAUGACAUUGAAGCUAUCGAUCCAGGUUACUUCAAAAACUUGAAGUGGAUGCUUGAGAACAAUAUCAAUGAUAUUUUAGAUCUGACAUUUAGUAUCGAUGCGGAUGAAGAGAAGCUCAUCUUAUGUGAAAAAACAGAGGUAACGGACUAUGAACUGAUCCCUGGUGGAAGAAACAUCCGAGUUACAGACGAAAACAAACAUGAAUAUGUUGACUUAAUUGCUGAGCAUCGGUUGACCACUGCUAUUCGUCCCCAAAUAAAUGCAUUUUUGGAGGGUUUUAAUGAAUUGGUCCCUCGGGAUUUCAUAUCCAUCUUUCAUGAUAAAGAAUUGGAGCUGUUAAUUAGUGGACUUCCAGAUAUCGACUUGGAUGAUAUGAGGGGGAAUACAGAGUAUUCUGGAUACAGUGUUGCAUCUCCUGUUAUUCAGUGGUUUUGGGAAGUUGCUCAAGCUUUAAGUAAAGAAGACAAGGCUCGUUUAUUGCAGUUUGUCACUGGCACUUCAAAGGUGCCUUUAGAAGGGUUUAGUGGUUUGCAAGGUAUUUCUGGAUCCCAAAAGUUUCAAAUUCACAAGGCUUAUGGAAGCACUGACCGUUUGCCUUCUGCUCAUACAUGUUUCAACCAGUUGGAUCUACCGGAAUAUCCAUCAAAGCAGCAUCUGGAAGAGAGACUGUUGCUAGCAAUCCAUGAAGCCAAUGAAGGAUUUGGUUUCGGUUAACAUUUAUUAUUAUAAUAACUUAAAUCAUAUCAAAACUCAUGACUCAGCAAUGAAUGUAUAUAUAUAACUCUACAAAUAUCAAUUGGACAAUAUAUAUAUAGUUAUAUACUGUACAGUUUGAGUUAUACUUAAAUGCCAACUUUUUUCUUUCA